UUAUUAAUUUUAAAACAAAUAAUAAUAAAAUCAUAAUUAAUUUAGAAGUUUGAAAUAUUUUCUUAAGUUAAGAUAAUAUAAAAUUUAUACUACCGAGACACUAAUCAUCUGGAUAUGAAGUGUUAGUAGGAUAAAAAUGUCAAACUGAACAAUCUAAAAAAUUUAAGUUAGCGUAGUUAUUCUUAAAGUAAUGUAUAUAUCGUCGAUUGUGUAGAUUCCUACCUACCUACCUACUUAAUACUUAUAGCUGUAGUUCUGUUUUACUAAUACCACCCCACCACUUACUAUAAUAGAAAUUGUACUCUAAAACGUACGGCGGACCAAAACUUAAAAAAGAAAAUAUUAAGUCAUGAUUUUAUAUUUGACUAACUCUUUUUACACUUUCACAAUAAGAAGUAACGCAUAGACGAUAUGGAAGUUACUAGUGGAGCUGAAGAGGGUUUUGUAAGAGAAUGGACCCCAUGUUCACAUAUCUUGAAUUUGAUACCUGCAAGGAUACAAAACGGAUUGUUUUCUAAUGAGCUCUGCUUGACUUGUGUGGAUGCCGUGAGUGAAUAUAUUGCGCUCGGCACUAACGUUGGACUAGUUUAUUGGUACGAUAGAAAAAAGGGAAAUAUACAGCGAUUAAGAUGCGAGGCUUCAACGACCCCGAUAACUUAUGUUAAGAUAGUUAGCACAGUGGAUUACAUGGUGGGGGCAGGUAAUGCCGCGGGACAAGUUACUGUGUUCCAGAUCCCUAAGGAACAUCCUGAGAACCUGCCGGAUAAUUUCAAGCCGAAGGUUGAACCUAAAGUGGAGAGGUAUACAAUAGGGGAUCUACAUAAGAGUAAGAUAACAGCAAUUGAAUGGUCAAAGAAUGGGAUGAGAUUGUUCUCCGGCGACAAGAAUGGUGUUAUUAUAAUGACCGAAAUUGACUUCUACAUGCAUCUAUGCAAGUCGAUGGAAAUAGUAAACGAGGAGCAUGAGAUAGUUCAGAUGAGUUAUUAUCAGAACGCCCUGCUGGUGUCGAGUCUGUACAGGAGCAUCGUCUGUGAGAGACAGGAUGCCAAGUGGAGUGUCACACAGCUCGGAAAGAAGGAACGGAAGACUCUGUGCGGUGUAGGAGCGGUAUGGCAACACUCGUACGCUCGCGGCGGGGGGGCGGCGGCCUACUGUGCCCGCCGGGGGCUCCGCGUUUGGAGGGCAGACAGGGACGGAACCGUGCAACAGACACUACUCUUCAAGGAAGCCAUAUCCAAUCCCCUGACGGUAGCGGAACUGCUCAAUCCGUCUCAGAAGAAGCACUCUCAUGCUGAACGGGAAUAUAACUUCGGUCCGCUGUUCGUGUUCCGGGAACACUUCCUGGUCUCCCACAACGAGCACAUCCUGUACAUCCUGGACCCGAGGUCGUUGACCGCGGUCGCCGUUGUCGACGACUUGAGAAGGAUACUGUCCGUGUCUGUGAGUCGUGAGGAGGUGUUCGUGCUGGAGGGUCCUCGCUCGCUGGUCCGACUCGCGCACGCCCCGGACAGAUACGCACACGAGGAGGUGGCGAGUGUGAUGUCCAAGUCGUUGUCGUCGUCGCUGCAGCAGGCCGUGAGCACGGUCAAGGAGCUGGCGAACAUGAGCGUCCUCGAACAACCGAUAGCCAUGUUCACCAGGAACGAGACGGUACCUCAAGUAGCGGACGCCGAGGAGUGCCUCGAGCUGCCGCCCAUCAAACAUCUCCCCGACGACAUAUCGAAUAACGUGCUGGAGUCCAUCAUCAACGAGUUCCGAGACGUGUCCAGCGAGGCGGAGCAGAUCAGGCGCGUCAAGUCCGAGGAGCUCCAGAGGAAGCUGAAGAUCUACAACAGCAUCAUGGACCGCAAGUACGACGAGACACUCAUACACAGCAGUCGCCGAACCAGGAGGAGGGACACGGGAGCGGACGUCGCGAGGAGGAACACUUCCGCCCGCCAAGAGGACUCCGGCGGGGAGGGGGUGGACCUCGGCAUCAGCUCGUGUGACAUGGAGGACAGCGUGUACGGAGACUUGUCGACACAGAACGACGAACUACUGGAACAGCAGAUAGAGGAGAAAGAGAAGAUCCUCGCCAAGAUGCUCAACCUGGAGUCGCUGAGCAUCAAGAGUGUUACACCCGCGGAGGACACGGUGCAGGAACAAAUAAAAUAUGACGUUGAUAAAACAGUCUACACAGAAGAUACGAAACCCGUCGACCUGAAGAGAAACACGGUCGUGAAGAAUAUGACGCAUCACGAGAACUCCACACCGAAGAAGGUGGAUCCCGGGGACCUGGUGCCCAGGGUCCUGAAGCUACCGAACACCUGGAACUUAGAGAACAUCGAGCUGCAGCUGGAUAUUAAGAACGGAGGCAAAGAACACACCAGCAUACUGUCACCGGACGAGAACCUGGACAGCGAGUGGGAGGUUAUAUGAUAUUUAAAAAAGAUAUUCGCUUAAGAGGCGCUUCACACGCACUGGAGACACUCACUAUUAUAUAAUCAAUUUUUUUUUGAAACGUAACCUAUCACAACCGCAGUGAAAAGCUCUUUCACCUUUUUAUAAAACAUUAAAGUGGCAACACUCUUCAUAUAAGCAUCACAUGUUACUUAUAGAUAGAUUUGCAGUGACGCUACACGACAGUACAAAUGCUUGACGUUUCAAGGAAGUAUGAUAAAAUUCAUAAAAAACUAUAUGAAAAAAUGCGUCAUAGUAACAGUAAUAUUUUUAUUAGUAAGUAUUAGAGACCCUUAGAGGUGUUGCGUUGAAAACGAACGAUAUUAAACUAGCAUAAUUUUAUAAGCCUUAAAUUAAUCUGAAAACACAGUUAUAAAGAAGUUCCUCCGAUAAUACAGACAAAUAAAAUAAUAUAGAAAAAAAUAAUAAUGUAUAUACACGUACCAAAAAACAUCUUAUUAAGUGUGUAGUGAAAUUUUAAAGGUAGAGGAGGUUCAUAUACUUUUGUUUACUAUGAGUUCGCAUAAUCUAACUACACACGGAGCGUUAACAGUAUUCAUUGAUAUUGAAGUCGGUUCUUGAAUGAAGAGAAACGCUACGUAUGUAACUUGAAGACGGAUUAAGGAUACUGUUUUGAGAAAUAAAAUCUCUAAUAAUAUAUUAGUAUUAAAUAUUUAUAAAAUCAGCGACUUUUUUAAAGUAUGUUUUCAAAAUAUGAGAUAUUGAGCUGUAUUACGAGAUGCUUCUCGAUAUAUGUAGCAGUAUAGCCAUUAUGAUUUUGUGAUAUUAUUUUUGUAUGUAAGGCCAGUUAAGUAUUUUAUUAUUGUAUAUUUCUUUGUCGAAGAAGUGUUUACAAGACUUAAUUUAUUCAGCUUUAAAACAAUGUAUGGACAUUCCUGAAACUGGUGUCAUUCAUGUCAUUACACUACGUCUGUCACAUGUCAUUUUUGCAGCAUCUGUCAACAAAUCCUCAUAUAAGUAAAUUUAAAAGAUUUUGAUUAAUUGAUGCAAUAUAAGCAUCAAAACACAUUCGUCAUAUUUCCAGUCACUCUGACACUUAUUUUGUGUUAUUGUAUAAGUUAAUGUUAAGUUCUGACUUUUUUGUAUCAAACAUAUCUAUGAUAAGCUUAUGAGAACAAUUGAUUUUAUUGUUAUUUAUUUUAGAUUUAUCUGUAUUAUGAAUUUUAUGAUUUAUUUUAGCUGAAAUAUUACUGACAAUGAGAUGUAUACGUUUGCUUUGCUUUUAAAUACAUAUUUUUUUAUGACGAAUGAAGUGGAUGAUGUACCUACAUUAUGAAUCUAUGGUCAAGUUUUGUCAACUUUACUUUCUAUAGAAGCUAUUAAAUUAAUUAAAUGUAUAUAAAGUAGGGUGUAAGUUAUGGUCCGGUGAUAGUCUUUAUAAACUUGUGCUUUAUAUGGGAGAGAAGAAUUGUCUAUGUCACUAUGAUAUGAAGCAUCUUUCGGUGUCAUUCUUGACGUAACGGAUAUUAAGCUCACCAUUGCUUUCAGCCAAUUCAACUUGUCCCAGCUGAUACUGGAGAAUAGAUAGACCUGACUGAAAUGUUGGCCUAAGAUUAAAGUAGAAAUAAAGGUAUGCUUAUAACUGUAGCAGCGAGUAAAUUCUUAUGACGAGUAUAAGCAGUGGAAAGAUUUUUGACUCUGAUCGAUUUUAUUACAUCUUGAGUAAAAAACAGAGCGACGGCAAUAGUCACAUAGCAUAAUCAGCGGAACGAACAGAAUAAAUGAAAUGGUGACGCAUUGUCAUGGAACCAAAUAUAAACGAGUUACGGAAGUGCUGGGAUACUACGAAGAUGAAAUAAAAUGAUCUAUGGACUUUGCGAGGAUAUGCGAUGUGGGAAGUUUGGAUAACACCAGUCACGUACAUAUAUUGUAAAACUUACAAGUGAAACGCUAAUGCCUCCUCUACACUACUCGCGGAGUUGAACGAAGUUAGACGAAAAGGAUAGUGUAGAGAUGCACUUCGGCUUACCUCGUCAAACUUUACUUCGCCUCUGGUGACUUAAAUUUGUUGUCGGUUUUUUGUACCUAGUCAAAGGGUCCGAAGUUGCACGAGUGUCUGCGCCUUAUAGCGAAUGAGCUCAUCGCAAAGUUGAACGUGUGUAGUGUCGCACUUCAGACUGUUGCCAAAGUAUCUCGAGUACUUCGCCGAGGAGCUCCGCGAGUAGCGUAGAGGAGGCAUAACAUCGUGCGUCAUUUUUGAAUCGAAAUAAUUGUCGAACAAAAAUUUGUAACAUCGGGACGAAACGCGUGCUUAAUAAAACAAUGUAUCCACAUACAAACUUUAUUUAACUCGAUGUCCUGUUGAAUAACAUACAUAGCUAAUAUAUAUUUGGUCCGUCAACUCACAUCGGUCACACGACUCGACUCGAUCAUCGUUCAAUGCAAAAAUUCAUAUAAACUGGACGUUUCAAUUGAGAUUCUGAUAUAAUCUAAAUGCUUAUCUAUACUGUAAAAAAAACAGUAAGCCGGCAAUGAGAAUAUUUAUUUAAACUUGUAAAUCUUGCGGACUGUGUGUCGCAACUGUAAAUAUUGCGACGGAAAAUAAUCAUAGCCUGGUGAAAGCGUACACGAAAAUAGUGGCGGCGAAGCAUCCUAACCCCGACGGAUCUAAACAAGGGCGAUCCGAUAUCGAACUAUUAUUAUUGACUACAAUAAAUAUUUAAAGAAAAAAAACUAAAGAGAUCUUUUCAAUCUAAAUCCAUAAACACUAUCAUUUAAGUACUUAAGAGCUACUCAGUUACCGCGGACAGCGAUCAUCCUAAAGAACUACAAAAGUGGCUACAAUUUAGCUAUCCUCCCCACGAACCCAAAUAAAACAUCAAUACCUCCAAAUAUUCAGCCAACAUCAAACACGUGAACAUCAACAAAAGCCGCGAAGCUCGUAACAAUUUCCUAAUAAGAAUAUCACAACACGUCAGCGCAAACAAACUCCUCUACAUCCGACAACAGCCGCCUCAGGAUUCGUUAAAUUCGUUCAAGGAAUACUCAAAAGACAACGGAAAUAAA